CGCCCAGCUUGGUCACGGGUUGCCGGAUCAUGGCAGCCUCCAGGCUUCGGUUUCCACUGCUUUCACUCCUAUUCCUAGCAUUAGUUCCCUGCGUUGUGGAGGGAAGCUGCGGGUGUAACUCAGCCGGGCGUGAGGGGAGCGCAGACAGCAAUCAUGCAGCAGCCUACAGAUAUUCCAGGGAGGCGAAUCAGCCUAAGCCCGAGGAUAGGGGUACGACUCACCGGGAUAAGAUGAUGUUGAUCCCUGCUGGGGUUUUUAUUAUGGGUACUGAUGACCCAGCAAUUCCACAAGAUGGUGAGGGUCCUGCACGUAAGGUUCACCUAGACUCCUUUUAUAUGGACAUGUUUGAAAUCAGCAAUAUGGAAUUUGAGAAGUUUGUGACUUCUACCGGCCAUGUGACAGAGGCCGAGCGUUUUGGAGACUCGUUUGUGUUUGAAGGCUUGAUAAGUGAAGACGUUAAGAAUUCAAUCAACCAGGCAGUUGCAGCUGCUCCUUGGUGGUUGCCAGUAAAAGGGGCGAACUGGAGACAUCCGGAGGGGCCAGACUCUGGUAUAUCAGACAGGAUGGAUCAUCCCGCACUGCAUGUGUCCUGGAAUGAUGCAUCUGCAUACUGUGCCUGGGCAGGAAAGCGUCUUCCAACAGAGUCUGAAUGGGAAUACGCCUGCCGCGGGGGACUAGAGAACAGGUUAUUUCCGUGGGGGAACAAGUUACAACCAAAGGGUGAACACCUUGCUAAUGUCUGGCAGGGAGUCUUCCCAACCAACAACACCGGAGAAGAUGGGUAUAUUAAGACAUCCCCUGUAUCUGCUUUCCCUCCAAAUGGUUAUGGCCUAUACAAUAUGGUAGGAAAUGCCUGGGAAUGGACGUCUGACUGGUGGGACGUUAAUCAUAAGCCUAAGGAGUACUACAACCCAAAAGGACCUUCUACUGGAACGGACAAAGUAAAGAAAGGAGGAUCAUAUAUGUGCCACAAGUCAUACUGCUACAGGUAUCGCUGUGCUGCUCGUAGUCAGAACACUCCAGACAGCUCAUCCUCCAAUCUUGGCUUUCGUUGUGCAGCUAAUGCUGAAUAACCGGGAAUGACACCAUCGCAGCUGAUGUGGAAGGGGUAACGGACCAAUAUCUCUAAUUUAGCAGCCAGCUAACAGGCUGAUUGAACUGAAGGGAAUGGCCUGGAGAUAAUCGUGGAACCACAGCUGUGACCAAACUGAUUUUUUUUGUUCUACAGCCGAUUGUAUUAAUUAAAUAUGAAUUUAUUUUUUGA